CUCAGCCACUAGUGUUGCGUGCCCGUCGCGCCCGUCCGUCGAUGCGCUAGGCUGCAGGCUGCGACCGCCGCACAGUAUGGCCCGGCCCGUGCAGCUGGCGCCGGGCUCGCUGGCGCUGGUGCUGUGCCGGUUGGAGGCGCCGAAGGCGGCGGGGGUCGCAGAGGACCCCAGCGGGCGCGCGGUGUUCUGUGCCUUUCGCCGCGCCAACGCGCGCUGCUUCUGGAACUCGCGGCUGGCGCGCGCCGCCUCGCGGCUGACCUUCCAGGGCUGGCUGCGCCCGGGGGUGCUGCUGGUGCACGCGCCGCCCGCCAGCCUGCAGGUGCUGCGCGACGCCUGGUGCCGCCGCGCGCUGCGCCCGCCCCGAGGCUUCCGCAUCAGGGCGGUGGGUGAUGUCUUUCCAGUGCAAAUGAAUCCAAUAGCCCAAUCGCAGUUUAUCCCUUUGGCUGAAGUUCUUUGCUGUGCUGUAUCUGACAUGAAUGCUGCUCAGAUUGUAGUAACACAGGAAUCACUGUUGGAGCAUUUGAUGAAACAUUACCCAGGCAUUGCAAUUCCAUCUCAAGAUAUUCUCUAUACCACUCUGGGAACUCUGAUUAAAGAAAGGAAAAUUUAUCACACUGGAGAAGGAUAUUUCAUAGUUACUCCUCAGACUUACUUCAUCACAAAUACAACCCCCCAAGAAAAUAAGAGAGUCCGAUCAGAUGAAAGGCAUGUGACGCCAGCUUGCAUCACAUAUCUGGUGAGCAUGGAGAGCUGUGCAGAGUUUGCAGAGUUAACCAAAGAAAAUGCUGCCCCCAUUUCCCAUUGUCAGUCUUGCCAGUGUUUCCCUGAUGUGUGCACUCAGGAUCCACGAGAACUACCAGCUGCUUCAGAAGUGACUAGAAAAGGCCAGAAAGGUCCUGGGGAAUCCAAAUCUUUGGUACAGAAUCGAGCAGUUUCUGUGUGUGAGGAGAAUCAUGUCCCUGAGAGCACCAAACCUUUACUAUCCACAAAAGAUAGAGACAAAGGCAAGAAGUUUGGCUUCAACCUCUUCUGGCGCAGUAUUGCCAGAAAGGAGAAGUCCAGAACUGAGCACAGGAGUUUCUGUGCCCAGUUCCCACCGGAAGAAUGGCCUGUCCGAGACGAAGAUAACUUAGACAAUAUCCCGAGAGACGUUGAACAUGAGAUAAUCAAACGAAUUAAUCCCAUUCUGACUGUUGACAACUUAAUCAAACAUACUGUCCUAAUGCAAAAAUAUGAAGAACAGAAAAAAUAUAAUAGCCAGGGUACUUCCACUGAUAUACUAACAGUUGGGCAGAAAUACCCUUCACGAGAGGGAGUAAAGAAGAGGCAGAGCCGGUCUGCAAAGCCUCGGAGGCGGGGCCGCUCUCACAGGGACAGACACAAAGUCAGGAGUCAGGGGAGUGAGCCUCAGCCAGCAAACGUUAAACUGGAGAAACACCCCCAACUCCCUGCUACGGAGCUGACCCCCAGAAUUAAAAGCCCAAAUGAAGCAGUAGUUGAGAAACCACUUGGUGAGAACCCAUCAGAGCUGGGUUCCCAUUUGAUUUACAAAAAACGAAUCAGUAAUCCUUUCCAGGGUCUGUCUCACCGAAGGAGCCAAAUAACCAAAAGGCACAACCUGCAGAAGACCAGUGAUCUGAAAUCCAGUCACAUUAGACCAAAGGGAAAGCCUUUCCAAAGGUCAAGAUCUUUAGAUUCCUCACGAAUCUUUGAAAGGGAGGCCAGACAGCCAUGUGCUGAACAGUGCAAUGAUAAACUGAGGGCAGAACCCAUUUACGUGAAUAACUCUACCGUCAAAGCUAUCAAUGAUGACUUCAAGGAUCACCUUUUAAGUUACUCUCAGUGUAGUAUUUUGCAAAAUGAUAGUCCAUGCUGUUCCAUUAGGGAAAGCAUGUUGACAUAUGAUAUAUAUGAUGGAGAAAACAAGGUAAUCCCUGAAGUCUUGAGGAAAAAUUAUUCUCAUUUUGACACAUCAGGGGAGGCAAAAGAAACACAGAGUGUCCUUCCAUCACCAGGUCCCUUCUCCUUAGACCAAGCAUCCUCUGCUUGUAGAUUAGUUGAUAAAACAACACACCAGUUCCAAAAUCUUGGUCUUUUGGAUUAUCCACUUGGUGUGAACCAUUUGAGACAACCUGAGAGAAAAGACAGAGACUCAGAGGAAACACUAAUGAGAAAGGCAUUUGUGCAGGAAGCAGAGACUGGGAGUCUAGAAAAUGAAGUGCUUUCUGACGAUGACCAAGCCUUGUAUCAGAAUAAAGUGGAAGAUGAUGAUGGUGCCUGCAGUUCAUUAUAUCUAGAGGAGGAUGACUUUUCUGAGACUGAUGACUUGUGUCGAGUGCUGCCUGGCCACAUACAGUAUUCCUUUACUGGGGAAAGCGAAUGGAAUCAUUUAGGAAAACAAAAUGUGACUGAAAGAUCUCUGACUGAGUACAACAGCAAAAUACAGAGUUUUGAGCCUCAGGCACUUAAAGGAAAUGAAUGUUACAAACCCUCUGGGCUGCUCACUAAGCUGGGUGAAAGCCAAAAACCUAAUCUCUCUGCUGAAAGCUGUGGCCUCAAGUCAGUGACCCAGUCUGGUCUUAACUAUGAAGAUGAGCCCAGUGUUGCUAGAUGUACGCAGGCCUCAGCGUCCGCUGAUGGAAGUAUGUUUGAUUACUACAGCACAAGGAAAGCCAACUCUGAGGCUGAAACCCCACCAGACUCUGUUGGCGAUGCAGGAAAGCAACCAGCUAGCUGGACUCAGAGUGCUCAGGAAAUGAGAACACAGUUCACACAAAAGUUAGAACUUUUCAGCACUUCACAUGUGCCAGUGAUGGCUCAGGAUAUCCAACAUGAACGCAGUCACUCGGAAGGAACAGAAAAUCAUAGCAUGGCAGGAGACAGUGGAAUAGAUUCUCCACGGACACAGAGCCUGGCAUCUAAUAAUUCAGUCAUUGUGGAUGGACUGAAAAGAAGACAGAAUUUUCUGCAGAACUUGGAAGGCACAAAGAGCGGUCAAACACUCACACCCAGUUCCUUACUACAACUAACUCCAGUUAUAAAUGUUUAAUUCUUAUUUUUCUUUUGGCAACUUGUUUUCUGUGAAAAUAUACAGAAUCAUAUAGGAUGUUUUAAUGAAGAGUACAUAAGAAUUCUCUAAGCCAACAGUGUAUUUUGUUAAUCUCAUUACAUAUUUUGUUCUAGUUAAUGGCUUUUUUUUUUUGACAUUUUGAAGCUCUUUUAAAGCUUAUUCUACUAUGAAUUUGCUUGCAAUUAAAAAAAAAACCCAUGGACUUCUUUGUCCUCUUCCAAUGAAAUGCAAUUACCUUGAAUUUUCAUUAGUUUCUCAAGUACAUAAAAUGCUAAUUUACUACCCAGUGUGAAUUUCUCUGCCCACAAUAAUACUGGGUUCUUAUAUUAAGUGAAUCUCACCAGAUUUCAACACAAAAAUCCAGAAAAAUAGUGUUGACAGGGUUGCUAAGAUACGUGUUUACAACUAACGUCUUUUAUCAUUAUCAGAAAGAAUUCACAUAGAUGUGUUGGGUACUUUGCAACAAGAAUUCCUUCUAUCAUUACUGCCAAGGAUCCUCUCUGUGACCAGCUUGAACAUGAACAAUGGCUCCACGUGGUGACUGACUGGCCAUGUCCAAAAUACCUGUGGCAGUAAACAUCUGGCUCUACCGUUUGUCUGUUCCUCCCCACAUUUGAGGCUCUCUCUGUAGCAUGGCAAUGGGAAGUCAGUAUGUUCUCAGGUGGCAUGGAGAUAGAAGGGAAGCAAAGUGGUUGCAAAUGGCUUGUGAGUAAAAGGGAGGUUCUGAAUUAGAGAUUUAGAGAGAAGAGAAACCAUCUGAUCCAUUUCCACUUGGAGUAAGACCUAUAUAACUGCCAGAAUUUUUUCUGGCAGACCUUUUCAGAUCGAGCUGUGGAAUGGUCAGUGCUCUUGGGUUUGGGGAAGGUGGGACAGUUAAGACAGGUUUUAUGUAGAUGCUAAUGUUGAUUUAUGGUUGAGGGAUGUUUCUUUUAAUUAAGAGGUUUCUAAAGGUUGUCAAGGCCUUAGAUCUCAAGGAUAAUUGAAUAAUUGGAGAGUGCCUCUCCAACACUCACUAGCCUGGGAACAGUGAAGGCCAGAUGAGGGACGGUGGAGUGCUGCCUCCAAGCCCAGUGGGAAUGCUGAGGAGGGGAAAUCAGACACACUUCUCUGUUUUGCAGGGGUUGGACCACUCACUACUGACUUGGUUUUCAGUGGCCCUGACCAACCUAUCCAAGAAGAUUAGCCAUGGUCACAAGGGCAUUUGAAACCCUGGACAAAGUAGCAAGAAGGGUAAUCUGGGAAGAAAAACCUUGUAGGGGAGGCAUUUUUUAGGGGGUUUUGUAGCUUGAAUUAGCAUCAGUGAAUAGAAAUUAGGAGAUUUAGCUCAGUUGGAAGAAUGUCCCAUUAGUCAAAACUACCUGUAGAUGACAUAAGCAGUUUUGUAAAUGAAUGAAUUUCCCAUUAUUUAGGGAACUCAAGUAGAGGUUUGGUGAUCCAUGGACUGACAUUGCAGAGGUAUUACCAGUACUUAGUUUAGCAGGAUGGCUGAACUAGAUGAUUUUGAAGAUUCCUUUCAACAGUAAGGUUUAGUGCUUCAGUGAAGGUUAUAUGUCAGAUAUAUCUCACUUA